AGUAUUAUACAUCAGGUAAGCGUGGAGGUACGAUAUACGUAAUGCUCCUUAAAUGAGAUAAGAGUUUGCUUUUAAAAUUGUAAAUCUUCAACUCAGCACAAUGUUGCGUUGGCUAUUUAUUUUGGCUAUUGUUGGAAGAGCUUGUACAAUCAGAAUUCCACUGAUUCAAUUUAAAAGUGAAGUUUAUCGUGAACCGUUAAUUGAUGGACCCAUUCGAACAACGGCUGUUGAACUGGAAUAUGUAGAGCAGCGUGUGGACAAUUUCGAUCCGACAAAUGAUGCCACAUGGCAAAUGCGAUAUUACAGAAACGACGAAUUUUUCGUUCGUGGUGGUCCAAUUUUCGUUUAUUGCGGCGGUGAAUGGACUAUCAAUCCUUAUAGUCUUCAGCGCGGCCAUAUGGUUGAUAUGGCCAGAACAUUAUCUGGACAAAUGUUUUACACAGAACAUCGUUACUAUGGCCUAAGCCAUCCAACGGCCGACGCAUCUGUAGAAAAUAUGCGCUUCUUGAAUAUUGAACAGGCAUUGGCUGAUUUAGCGCAUUUUGUUACCUAUAUCCGAGAAAGACAUCCCGAAUUCGACGAUUCGAAUUUUGUUUUCGUAGGUGGAUCGUAUUCAGCUACACUAGUAGCAUGGUUCCGACAGAAAUAUCCUCAUUUGACGGCUGGCGCUUGGGCUUCGAGUUCUCCAGUGUUUGUGAAGCCCAAUAACUUUGAAUACAAAGAAAUUGUUGGAGCUUCUAUACGUAGCGUUGGUGGUGAAGAAUGUUUUCAACGAUUAGCUCGUGCCUUCAGUCAGGCUGAUCAGUUGUUUGCAAACCGAAAUUUUGAACAAUUUUCAAGCACUUUUAGAACUUGCGAUGAAGUGAAUGACGAUAAUCCGUACGACAUUCAAAUAAUGUUCUAUUCAUUGUCGGAGUUGUUAGCUGGACUCGUCCAGGGUCACAGAUCUGGCGACAUCGAGGGCUUUUGUGAAACCCUUCUUGAUCCUGCCUACCCUGAUGAAAGCGAUCUCGAUGCAUUCGUCCGUUGGUACACUCGACGCGUGUUCGGAAGUAAUCCAUCACCGGGUGAUUGUGUUGAUUUUACAUUCGACAAUGAUGUUGAGAUACAUCGUAAUGCGACGUGGGGUUCCCCUGCCACUUCGUCAGCCAUGAGACAAUGGUUUUUCCAAACCUGCAACGAAUUCGGAUGGUUUGAAACAUCUGCUUCAAGAUUCCAGCCAUUCGGUUCUCGUUUUCCAGCUGAAAAAUUCCACAGAUGGUGCAGUGAUGUUUAUGGUGAUGAAUUUACUGCCGAGUUUCUGCAAGCGAAUACUGAGCGGAAAAAUACGAUUUAUGGCGGCUUUAAUCCGAAUGUGAACAAUGUUUAUUUUACGAAUGGGCUGAUAGAUCCCUGGCGCAUCAUGGGAAUUCAAAAUGAUGUUAAUGAACACUCACCGGCAGAUAUUAUCCCCGAUGCGUCGCAUUGUAACGACCUUUCAUCAAACUCGCCAGAUGAUAGUCCCAGAAUGCGUGAAGUUCGAGACAGAAUUUUACAACUAGUUCGAUUGUGGACGGGUCUGGAUGAGUAACAUUCUGUUGUUUUUUGAUCAAUAAAGAGUGAGAAUUCAAACAAAA